AUGGCCGGCGAUAAAUCAGAAAAGAAAGACAAGAAGCGCAGAGAGAGUAAAGUUGAUCCUCCUGCAGAAGAUAUAGAAAUGGCGGCUCCGGAAGAGACUACCAAGAAACACAAGAAAGAAAAAGCUGAAGUUCUUAUUCCAGUGGAGGAAUUAUCGCCGCUGGCCAACCCGCUCGCCCAGAAGAAGCUUUUGAAGAAGUUGCAGAAAACAGUGAAGAAAGCGUCCAAAUCUCGGCUAGUGAAGAGAGGUGUGAAGGAGGUGGUCAAAGGAAUCAAGAAGGGAGAAAAAGGUCUACUGAUUAUAGCGGCCGACAUCAGCCCUAUUGAUAUUGUCUCCCAUCUACCUGUUUUGAGCGAGGAAGCGAGGAUACCAUAUAUUUUCGUUUCAUCAAAGGAGGAGCUGGGCCACUUUAGCUCGACUAAACGGCCGACGAGCUGUGUCAUGAUAUGUCCGCACCAAAAGAGAGAGCUGAAGGAGGGUGGGAAGGAUGAGAAGGAUGAAGAAUUUCACGACUUGUACAAGGAAUGUUAUUCUGAGGUGGAAAAACUGGAUACCCAGAUUGUAUUUUAA